GCUUGCAAUCUGGUCGGCACAACCACGUCGACUGAUCCAAGCGUUAAGCUUAGGGAACUGGUCGAAGACAUCGCCAAGAAGCACAGAACGAAGCAAGUAUCUAUAUGUAGAAACAUGCAGGAGCCUGUAGCUCUGCUGCGUAGCGGAGCAACGAUCAUGUUUGGAGGCAAUCGGGAGGCAUCAUGCGGGGACCUGAUCUACCUAUACACGCUGGCGGCACCACGCCUCACGAAGAAACUCAUGACUGUUGCAUCAGAAAACG